GGCUUGGGAAUUGUAGUUUAGUUUCACAACCGGAGCAGAGUUUGCAAUGGCCCCUUUAAAGGAAAUGGACUACAACAACCAUACGCCCAACUCUCUAGAUACUUUGUAAACUCUGUGCAAGUUGCGGGUCUGCACUGCUAUUUUAGGUAUGCAGCUAGUGCUAUCUGCUCGGGAGUGAGCUUUUCCUCUGGUUUUGGCCUCUACAAAUACAUUAAAAGCAUCGGUGUUUGAUAACAGCGUUUGGACGGGAAUGCUUGGAUGAUAUUUCUCGAUAAGAUUUACAGCUGAGUUCCCACUUGACUACACUGGCCAGCAUCCAUAAGAUCCACCACACCUUGCAUAGGCUGAACCUGACAGAAGACGUUGGACAGGAUAGCCUCCCCUCAGCGUGUUGCUCUAGAGCCAUGCCUCCUAGGAAAAAGAGGAGACCCUCAGCUGGAGAUGACAUGUCAGCCAAAAAAAGUCGCCAGGACAGCGUUUUCAGAAAACAUGAAACACCACAAAUCCGUGAGGAGGAAACAUUUUCCAGUAAAAGAUGCCUGGAGUGGUUCUAUGAAUAUGCAGGUGAAAAAUGUUGUGAUGACGUGGUGGGUCCCGAGGGCAUGGAGAAGUUAUGUGAGGACAUCGGAGUCGAACCAGAGAAUGUGGUGAUGCUGGUUCUUGCGUGGAAGCUGGACGCGCAGAGUAUGGGAUACUUCACUCUCCAGGAGUGGCUGAGAGGCAUGGGCUCACUGCAGUGUGACUCCACAGAAAGGCUGAGGAACUCGCUCGACUACCUGAGAUCUGUACUAAACGACAGCACCAGUUUUAAGCUCAUAUAUAGAUAUGCCUUUGAUUUUGCUCGGGAAAAGGAUCAGAGGAGUUUGGACUUGAACACAGCAAAGUGUAUGCUUGGGCUUCUUCUGGGCAAGACGUGGCCUCUGUUUCCUGUGUUUAAUCAGUUUCUAGAGCAAUCCAAGUACAAAGUCAUCAACAAAGACCAAUGGUGCAAUGUUUUAGAGUUCAGCAGGACAAUCAACCUGGACCUCAGUAACUACGAUGAGGAUGGUGCCUGGCCAGUUUUGUUGGACGAGUUUGUGGAAUGGUACAAGGAAAGACAGAUGUCAUAGGGCAGUGUAAAAAGGAAUAAAAAUACAACUGUGACAACGACUAUGAGAAUCAACAACCAAUAAGUUAACAAUACAAAAAUGGUAAAGCAGUGACUGUGGGUGCUUCCAGAUAAAGGAGGGGUUCUGUUGGGGGGCUAGGGUGGGGACACUGGGUUUGCAGCCUGGGUGCAUGCAUCCCGGAGCGCGGAGGUGGAGGACUGCCAUUGUGGAAGUUAUGUUCCCUACCGAAGUGCAUAGUGGGCAAGCUUGCAGCAAUCCCCAGUGGCAUUGCUCUCACUGUGACAUGUCAUAUUGCUGUCUGUGUUAACAUGGUAUCAUACGUGGACGAUGGAAGCAAAAUGGUUUGUGUGGGAGAACCACUCCUCAGUCCUUCUCUACAAGCACAGAGAAGCUGUGAAACCGUGACCAUUCAUGCAUUGUGUCUGAGUCUUAAACAGGGCCACUUUGACCUGGGCACAUUUAAAUAUUAUACAUCUGUGCAAUGAACUUGAGCUUUUUCUGGACUGAUGGCACUAACUAUUGGUUUGUCAUAUUUUUUGUUGGAUAGGAGUUCUACAAGAAGCACACUGUGUCAAAUGAUUGAUCGCAGGUUUCUGGUGCCUGUUCUGUUUACUAUUGAUUUGUGCCAGUGAUUUUUCUCUUUUUUCCCCUCCAGUUUUGUUCCUUCCUGCUGUUUUGCUCCAGCUAAAGCUAACCGUUUGCUUACCCUCUGUAAAGGCUUCAGACCUCAUAACACCAAACAAAUCAGCAUUGCUGCUUACCAACUCUUACAGUACAGUGGUGAGCCAAUAGUGCUCCGAUCAGCAUUUAUUGGUCCGUUGACCAAUUUACGUUGUGUAGGUAAGAGUAUUUUUGUGCCUCAAAACAUGGAAGUCACACACACACACACACACACACACACGCACACGCACGCACACGCACACACACGCACACACAGUGGUCAGGGAUUCUUUCAGGAUGAAUUCAGACUGUAUGGGCUGUGUUACAAAUUGAGAUAGAGCUGGUUGGUGUCCAUUUUGUCUUGAUGUGUGACAUCUGUUUUGUCCUCCUUAGUCAGCUGAUAGUUUCAGGUUUCUUACUAGUAGCAUCUCUCCGAACACUGACAGUGUUAAUAUAACUACAGUGGAAGACCAGUGACCCUCUCAGGACGAGGUCCUUAAGGCUUGAGUUGAAAGGUAGGUUUGCUGAAAGCAUUGCUUUUUACCACCGUAGGAUCUAAUCAAAACACUGACAGUUUGGAACUGUGUGAUGAUGCUAUGCUGUUAUUUUUGCCUAGUAAAAUGUUCUUGUAACACAUGUAUACAUUUCUGUCCUUGGCUGUGGUGUGAUGCUGAAUUGUCAGAUUUAAUAUUUGCAUGCAUGCUCCAACAGAGCCUUUUGUGAAUGGAUGAGAUUUUUGAAAACAUUUUUCAAACUUGUUUUAGUUUUGUACAGGAAUUUGUGCAAGUGUUUUUUGCUUAAUUUGAUAUUCACAAUCAUGGUAUGUUAAUUCUGAUGAACUACAUGAUUGUGUUUAUUAAGACCUGGAACACACCUGUAACCUCACGGUGGAGCAGGAGUUCCCUCCUGCAUUAGCCCAUCUUUGACAUCCUUAAACAUGCUGUAAAUCUUUAGAUAGCUGCAGACAGUAUAUAGGAUCUAUUUUUUAUUUAUUUUUAUUUACACAUGAUACACUUAAAAACACACAUGGAACUGUGUUGUGAAGAUAAAAUACAUCAGCUCUUGUCAUUGAAGUACACUGCAGCUGACACUUUGAAAUCCUCUUAUGUCAUUACAAUGCAUCAACUAUCAGCAUAAAAUCUAAGUUGAGGUAGUUGUUGGAUUGCUUACAAAAUACUGUGUAGAAAUUGAUGUUUGAGUACUCCAAUGACAAUGCAGGAGGUUGAACGCCCUUGUCCCAACUGUAUAUAUGUAUGUAAGUGUCUAUAUGUCUGUUUUCACUAUAACCUAUGUCUAUAUACAUAAAUAAAAUGGGUUUAUUAAC